AUGGAGCAGUCGUCCUCACCGCCCGCGUCUCCAUCGCCGUCUCCGGUUGUGCUGCCGACGUGGCGCGUUGGCCACGCCGUCACUUCGUCGUCGCGGUGUUGCACAGCGUACCGCGGCCGCUAUGUUGUGUACGCCGCCACCGACAACAGCAUCGCCCUUGUCGACGUGCUUGCGGAGCAUCCGAGCAGCCUUUCUGCGGAGGCGCGCUGGCGAUACGCAAUGCGCUUGAGCGUCCUCGCCUCGCCGGACGAGCGCAUCAGCUUUGUCGUCGGCCACCCCGAGAAAGACCUCGCAUGCGUCGGCACGGCCCACCACGGCCUCUACGUUAUCUCUCUCACGAAUCCAGCGCUGACGGAGGCAACAAGGUUGCCGCGCACCGUGACCGGCGACUGCACGUACGGCGCGACGUUCCUGUUCUCAGAGGAGGCGAACUACCUGGCAUUCUCGUCGCUGCUGCACAGUCGACCGCUCGACCAAACGCCGCACCGGCUCUCGCUCUGGAGUAUCGACACUAAGGCGCUGCUGUGGCGGGGCGCCAUGGGGCCUCUUCAGAGCAUGUGCAGUCUCGCCUUCGGCCUUUCCUUUGCUGCCUGCAGCGCCGGCAAAAUUGGCUUGUUCAGCGUGCAAUACACGGCCCCUGCCGCGGCUGGCGGCGCAGAGGCACCGGCUGAUGGUCAGGCGCCCAAGCACAGAGAACGCAACCGCCUAAUGGUGCUGAGCCGCCACUGCAGCACCGUGGAGGAGCUGUACGACGUUGAGUAUACGUGCUGUGUGGCGAGCCCGGUGGAGGGCGAGGAGACCUACCUGGCGCUGACAAGCAGCGGCUUUCUCGUUGCCUUCGACGGCUCCACCGGAUCAGUGGUGCGGUGGAUGGACUGCAAGGUGUCAUCCGCCACGGCGCUGUGCUGCAUUGGUAAGGAGAGCCUCAUGCUGACCGGUUCCAUCACGCGCCUCUUCCAGGCCGAGACGUGGGAGUUUCAGGGCAAGGUGAAAUGGCAGGACGUCCUCGGCGCCACCCCUUCCGCCGGCAGCGAUGAUGCCGGUGCGACGAAGGAGGUGCACGAGGGCUCGGUUGUUACCGCGAGCGGCGCGCAUGUCUUCACAAACGGUGCCAGCGCGGGCAAUGGCGUGCUGGUCCUCUUUCACGAAGGCAGCGCGUUUUCCCUGUACUCGAUGGAGCCGAGGACGGGCACGCAGCGGAUGAGCUUGCGCCGCGCAUCUCUCUUCACGCCGCCCAUCUUGGUGCCUGCAACGCCGGCGGAGAUCUGGCACAUGAACUCAGCAUUGUGGUGCUGGUGGACUCCGCAGGCGCUCAUGUUUGUCUCUCCCCCCGGCUGCACGCUUGUCACCGCUUUUGGCAACCCGUCCACCUGCGCGACGCUGCACCCUGCCACGGGUGUUGUGGUGCUGUUCGACACGGCGCGCCACGCUUUCGUGGCUUACGGUCAUCCACCGGGGACGCCAGCCGAGCUGGGCAGUACAGCGACGAGCGCGGACGAAAGCAUCCUCAGCCUUACCAGCUCCCCCACCGGCGAUGUUGUGUAUGCGCUAGCUACAUCGACAGCGGCGAGCGGGCCCUCGGGGCUGCAGCUUCGUCGCUACCGAUGCUGCUGGGCGCAGAUGCGGAAGGGUGGCAGCCGUGCUCUCCAGCUGGAGAGGAUCAAGAUCAACGGUUCUGACUCGGUGCCUGCUGGCACACAUGCUUUAGUUGUGUAUAGUGGCGGCGAUGUGGCCACCUCGGGGCCUGAGUCCACAGCGACGGAUGCGGACAGAGUCGUGGCGGUGCAGCGCACGUCCAUUACCGCGCUCGGCAGCAACGCGGAAGCGGGCGAUCGCGCAUCUGCCCCGCCUACUUACACGCAUGCAGAUGCCAUUCAGCACGUGGUGCCGUGCCAGGGUGGCCUGGUCGUGGCUGGUGCGGCCACUUCCGCGUAUGUGGAGGUCAAGGGUGCAUCGCGAUGGGUUGUGAAGUUGCUCGCAGAGCCACCGGCUGCACAGGCGGUCGAAAAGGAUAGCGGCGCCAACGUGUGUGCAGUGGCCACCGUGGUGAGGCACCGGCCGGAUAUCGUGGUGGUCUGCCGCGGGUCGCGCCUCUCGGUGUGGCAGCUAAACAGCGACAGUCCCCUACUGAUCGCCACGCGGGCUAUUUCAACCUUGGUGCGUGCCGUUUGCAGCGCCGAGGACAAGGAAAAUGCGGAGCUGCUUGUGUGGACGCUCGGCUCUGGCUGUUUCGACCUGUACAAGCUUGGUCCACUGCGUCGGGCUGCAGCCCUUCACAACGAUGCAGAGAAGCUGCUUCCACCCCCUAAAGAAGUAGGGAAGAAGAGCAGCGCGGCUCCCUCGUCGUCGACAUCUCGGCCCCCUGCGUCAUCAGCCGCACAGGCCUUUAACGCAGCACAGCGGCGCCCCGCCCGCACCCCCCUCGCUCCCGCCGCGAAGGCAAGAGGCGUGCCGAAGACAAUGUCGGAGGCCCGCAGGCAGCGCCGCACCGCCUCCGCCAGCGCCCCGUCCAGCCGCGAACUCUGUGACCGCUUUGACGAGCUGACAGGCUUCUACGCACGUCAGAAGCGCGACAGCCAGACAGGCGAGCACGCACGCACCCCCCGCUCAGCAGGCCCCUCUCGGCGCCCCCACCCCUCCAUCAUCGCAGCCGCAGAGGCCAGUGUGCCCUCCUCACAAGACGACAGUGUGCCGGCGCUGUCGCACACGCCUCGUGACCGCCAAACCGAGACACUGGCGAACCCACCGGCCACUGCGAACUUGGCUGUCUCGGCGGUUGAUGUGUCGGAGCUGACUGUAGACUCUCAGGUGCUCCGCGCCGGCGUGGCGGCAGCGGCUGCCGCAGGCGUCAAUGAGGAGUUUUGCGUAGAAGAUGCGAACGAAGGUUCAAGGAACGGCAGUGCGUCGACGUCUCUAAAGAGUACCGGUGCUGACGAGCCUGCCGCGUGCCCCGACAGCCCGCCGCAGCGACGGAACGCACAGCGCGGUUCUUCAGGGCCGCCGUCAGAUGCGGAGGAUGUCAUCAUCCGGAGCUCCACCAGCAGCGGUGGUGCAAAGCCCUCCUUCCUCCCUUUAUACUUAAAGCACCAGGAGCCGCCGGCGGUGGCUGCGAAGCCGCACCUUAGCCCCAAUGGCAGCAACAGCUCCACGACGACGACGGAGCAGUUCACUGUGCAAGCUCGUCACCUUCGGGAAUCUCUGCUGCACCUAAAGGAGUUGCUGGAGCAUAGCGACCUGCUAGACUCCGCGAGCCACGCGUCCUUUGUAGCGGCUGAGGAGGCGGAGCUCGACGAACUCCCCGACCUCCUCACGACAGUCGCGGCACAGCUACAGUUGCGCCAUGUCCGGCGAUCAGGCGAGAGUGCGCAUGCGAACGCUAGCGGGGUAUCCUCUGCCGCUGGUGGACAGAAGCCCACGCCUGACGCUUACGCGGCGGUGGCGGCGGAGCUUGCCCGCAUACAGGUGCAGAACGCGAGGCUGGAGGAGCAGAACCGCAUUAUCCUCACCCAACUGCGCGGCGGGCCGCACUAG